AUGUCAGAAGAGACCAUUGUAAAAAAAUUCCGCCUGCCACGGGAGCAAAUUCUGCAGCUCUUGGAUCUUGUUGGCCCAGAUUUGUCAAGACAAACUCGACGGAGCUACCCCCUCAGCCCCGAAAUUCAGCUGCUGGCGGCUCUUCGUUUUUAUGCCGUGGGGAGUUUUCUGGAGGUUUUUGAGGAUGGAUAUGGGCUGAGUAAGACCUCAGUGUGGCUGUGCGUCCACUCGGUCACAAACGUACUGCCUCGCCACGCCACUGAUUACAUACGUAUGCCUUCCACAAUGCAUGAAGUGAUGGAGACACAUCAAGGCUUCCAUGCCAUUGCGGGUAUCCCGCUAGUAAUUGGCCUUGUGGACGGGACACUUAUUCACAUCUCCAACCCUUCAGCACUCGACCAGGCCUUCAUUUGUCGCAAGGGCUUCGCGGCUAUCAAUGUCCAAGUGGUAGUUGAUCACAGGGGAGUGAUUACAGACGUAGUGGCAAAGUGGCCUGUCACCAACCCCACCACGCAGGCUGAGCACAGUUACAACGCUGCAGAUGCCCGUACCCGCAACUUGGUGGAGCGCUCGAUUGGGCGCUGGAAGAUGCGUUUCCGUUGCCUUCAUAAAUCUGCUGGAGGGUUGCGUCUGAAGCCACAAAGAUGUUGUGCAGUAGUAGUAGCUAGAGCCAUGCUACACAACAUUGCAGUUACUGGAGGUGCAGCUUUGCCAGAAGAGGUGGAUUAA